GGGGGGUCAUAAUUCUUCAUUCGAUAGCUCUUUAAAUGUCAAAAUUAUUCGAUUUUUUUAACAGUACAAAAAUUAAACAAUGUUUAUUCGAUUAUGCGCAUCUCUAUUUACUUGCGAGCUUGCGAACCAAAGUGUCGAUCGUAUCGAUGUUGCCGCCGUUGCCGUAAUUGCUAUCGAUUGCUAACGUCAUGGACGUCAUGGAGUAUGACUGGAGGCCGAUCAUGUGAUGGUUUAAAAUAAACAAAAGUUCAUCGACAGGCCUCACUUGGUAAAGAACUGUCGCAAUGCUGGGAUUGCUUCGUCUUAACAUUCACGAUGAACAAAUCGAAAAAACAAUAUCUGUGAUUCUGCGCCUUCCGGGCUUGUUUCUGCUUGAUUACUGGUGUCACUCAUCAUCAACAGAAAUAUGGACAAAAGUACUGGAUUCUACGGAUCCUAUAUCUGCAGCGGUUUCUGCUUUCAUUCUUAUACAAAGUUUGCUGCUACUUUUACUUCCACUCGAAGACCUGGUGACACUUUACAUGCAUUAUCUAAGUGCAGCUUUGAUUGCUGGCUCUCAACUCAUCUCGCAUCAUUAUGUACAAGCAGAUGACCCGAGUAUGGAUUUCUUCUCUUUUUCCAUAUUUGGAGAUGUCAGAACAACUUCAGUACAAAUAUCACCCCAUUUUAUAACUAUUGCUACCCAGAUUAUUAUGGCAACAGUGAUUUCAUUUCUCUUGGAUCUAGACCGUAAUAUUAAGAAAGUAAUACUUGCUGUUUACACGGUUCCAGUUGCAGCAAGACUAGCUCAUUUCCCAAUACAUUACUUAGAAACCCUUCACAAUUUUUCCAGUGCCCUUACACUUAUUUCUGUUGCAUACUAUACCCUUACAUCACUGCCGCGUUUUCUUUUGUACAUACAUAAAAGAUACAAGUCAGCUGCACAUGUAGUUGUACAUCAGGGUCCUGUAAAUGCUGCCUUUGGUGCUUGGGAGUGGUCGUUCUUGAUGCCACAGUUUCUGUUGUUUUGGUGUGUGCUGAUAUCAGCCCAACUGUACCAGUACAAUUUAUGGCAUCGGAAGAACCCACCUCCUGGACGUCUGGUCGUCUCACCAAUUGAGCGUGGAGAAUGGCACAUUAUAGUCCUGUAUGCAUUGGCAGAAGUGUGUGCAUCACCCAUCAGCCUGAUAGGGUGCUGUAUUGCUGUGUCAUAUGCUUCCUGGAUGACACUUAACGUCACCAAGGUGUUCAUUCAAGGUACAAGGGUACUCCUGAUAGACAGAAACCUGGACAGGGCUGGUGUGCCUGAGGGUGUCACAAUGGCACUGCUGGCCUUACAGACGGGACUCAUAGAUCUACCGAUGCCCCAGAGGAUGGCCACCAUGUGCAUGAUUCUGUUCAUCAUUGCGGGUUCGCUGAUGCAAUCUAUGCAUGAGAUUGUGGAACCUGUGCUCUUGUCUCUCAGUGCGUCCCCUUCACGGUCCAUUCUUCGUCACGUUAGAGUUCUAGCAGUAUGCCUUUUUCUUCUGGUCUGCCCUCUGUACGUGACCGUCUCUCUCUGUGAACUGUUUGGUGUUGAUUUCUGGAUACUUGUGGUUAUAUCAACAUGUACUCUCACAUCAGUUCAGGUUCUAGGGGCCCUUAUUGUGUAUGGUCUCUUCAUGUAUGAUGUUCUGCAGAAAGAUUCAGGUUGGGAAGCUUUAGAUGACAUUGUCUAUAUUACACGUGCCAUCAUACAUGUUACAGAAUUCCUGGUUGCAGUACUUGUUGUUGGGUCUGGAAUUCGUGAUUCUGUGCUGCUGUCUGCAGAAGGGCAUACAUGGUCAUGGUUGAAUGGCUCAAUUUUGGCUGUUCACUGUUACUACAACGUGUUCCUGCGCUUGCAGUCUGGUUGGCAGAGUUUUCUGCUUCGGCGUGAAGCAGCACGUAAGAUACUGGCCUUACCAUCAGCAAACCUGGAUCAGCUGGAGUCACACUCCAAUGAUGUGUGUGCCAUAUGUUACAUUCAGAUGAAAACUGCUUGUGUAACACCGUGUGGUCAUCUCUUUCAUGCAUCGUGUCUCAAGAAAUGGCUCUAUGUUCAGGACCGAUGCCCUCUGUGUUCAUCCAGAAUUGCCUCAGAAGAAAAUAAAGAGAAAAAGGUACCUGACAUUCACUAAGUCAAGACUGAGUCAUGCAGUAAUUUUGAGUGAUGCUCUUCCAAUGAACACAGUGCCAAAUGAGGAAGUGACAAGUUCUGAUAAUGUUCUUCCUAUGAAUGUGGACAGAAUGUGCCAAAUCAGUGGAAUUGGUUCAGUGGCAAUAUGUGAUAAUAUGAGGCCAAAUGUCUAUUCACUUCAUGGCUCUAAACAUCUACCACUAAGUGAUUCAUUUAAAUGCUGUAAUCCACAGUAUGUAAUGUCUGAUACCAGUGGUUGUAUUAAUGGUGCUUCUGAUUAACCUUCUAAAUUAAUAGUUUUAUAAAGCUGAGUGUUCCUUUUUAUAGUAAAUGAAAGAUUGGAGUAAAAGUCAUAUAUACUAAACUAAAAAACUGAACUCCGUGGCCUGUAGCCU